AUGUCGGAACACGUUACUGAUCGACGUCCGAUGAAGAAAUCUUCCGAUGAUAAUAAAAAAGGGACAGGAGGAAAAAAGAAGAACCAACUGGAGUCUGAUUCAGAUGCCUACAUGGCUCAACAAUAUGCUCUUGUUAUCGGUGAAUUGAAAGCUGCUGAAGCCAGAAAUCGAAUUCGUGCAACUCGUCUUCGUUUUUCCAAAUCGAAUUGUAAAGAAAUCGAUCAAAUAAUCGCUUUCCAACCGAAUGCAUUGAGUGCACUUCGUUUCGAAGCAUUCAUGAUGAAUCCAUCAUCAUCAUCCCAGAAAGAAAAGUAUUCAACAGCUGCUCGCAAUGUUUCACCACGUCCAACUAGUGGAUCUGCUAAGAGUCUUACCAGAGAUCCACUUACUCAAAUCGAACGACGAAGAGUUCAAAAUCUUAUUCUUGACGAUCAAAAUUUAUUAGUCAAUCGAACUGAAUAA